CGCGAGACUUGGUCGGAAUCCGUGAGGGGAACGGAGUUUCUUCUUCGUUUCGCUCUUUCCCAUCUUCUCGUUCCUUUUCCCCGGCCCGGCCCGGCAGCGGAUAUAGGAGAGCACUGCCAAAAAUGUCCGACAGCGAGGACAGCAAUUUCUCUGAAGACGAGAGCGAGCGAAGCAGCGAAGGAGAAGAAGUCGAGGAGAAUGAGGCAGAAGAACGUGUCAGUGCUGUAGGCAGCGAGAAAGAGGAAGCGGAGGAAGAGGAGGAGGAAGAAGAGGAAGAGGACGACUAUGACGAAGAGGAGGAGGAGGAAGACGAUGACCGGCCCGCCAAGAAACCCAGACACGGAGGCUUUAUUUUGGAUGAAGCUGAUGUGGAUGACGAGUACGAAGAUGAAGACCAAUGGGAAGACGGCGCGGAGGACAUCUUGGAGAAAGCAUCUAACAUUGACAACGUGGUUCUGGACGAGGAUCGCUCCGGGGCACGGAGGCUACAGAACUUAUGGAGGGACCAGCGAGAAGAGGAACUGGGGGAGUACUACAUGAAGAAAUAUGCCAAGUCCUCUGUGGGAGAGACGGUGUACGGCGGCUCCGACGAGCUCUCCGAUGACAUCGCGCAGCAGCAGUUGCUUCCCGGUGUCAAAGAUCCCAAUCUGUGGACGGUGAAAUGUAAGAUCGGAGAGGAGCGGGCCACAGCCAUCGCCUUGAUGCGGAAGUUCAUCGCCUACCAGUUUACAGACACGCCUUUGCAGAUCAAGUCGGUGGUGGCCCCCGAGCACGUGAAAGGCUACAUCUACGUGGAGGCCUACAAGCAGACCCACGUGAAGCAGGCCAUCGAAGGGGUGGGCAACCUGAGGAUGGGCUACUGGAACCAGCAGAUGGUGCCCAUCAAGGAGAUGACGGACGUGCUGAAGGUGGUGAAGGAGGUGACCAACUUGAAGCCCAAGUCCUGGGUGCGUCUCAAGAGGGGCAUUUACAAGGACGACAUCGCUCAGGUGGACUACGUGGAACCAAGUCAGAAUCAGAUCUCGUUGAAGAUGAUCCCACGCAUUGAUUUUAAACGCAUUGAAGCCCGCAAGAGCGUGAAAGAAUGGCGUUCAAAACAGAAGAAGUUCAAGCGUCCCCCACAGCGUCUCUUUGAUGCCGAGAAGAUCCGGUCUCUGGGUGGAGACGUCGCCUCAGACGGGGAUUUCCUCAUCUUUGAAGGGAACCGUUACAGCCGGAAGGGUUUCCUUUUCAAGAGUUUUGCUAUGUCUGCUGUGAUCACGGAAGGUGUGAAGCCUACUCUGUCCGAGCUGGAGAAAUUUGAAGACCAGCCAGAAGGCAUCGACUUGGAGGUGGUCAUAGAAAGCACAGGCAAGGAGCGGGAGCACAACUUCCAGCCCGGGGACAACGUGGAGGUGUGCGAAGGGGAGCUGAUCAACCUGCAGGGCAAGAUCCUGAGCGUGGACGGGAACAAGAUCACCAUCAUGCCGAAGCACGAAGACCUCAAGGACAUGUUGGAGUUCCCUGCUCAGGAGCUGCGCAAAUACUUCAAGAUGGGGGACCACGUGAAGGUGAUCGCAGGCCGCUUUGAGGGCGACACGGGGCUGAUUGUGUGCGUGGAAGAGAACUUCGUCGUCCUCUUCUCAGACCUCACGAUGCAUGAGCUCAAAGUCCUCCCCCGGGACCUGCAGCUCUGCUCGGAGACGGCCUCCGGUGUGGACGUGGGCGGCCAGCACGAGUGGGGGGAGCUGGUGCAGCUGGACCCCCAGACCGUCGGGGUGAUCGUCCGUCUGGAGCGGGAGACCUUCCAGGUCCUCAACAUGUACGGCAAGGUGGUGACGGUGCGGCACCAGGCAGUGAACCGGAAGAAGGACAACCGGUUCGCGGUGGCCCUGGACUCGGAGCAGAACAACAUCCACGUGAAGGACAUCGUGAAAGUGAUUGACGGGCCAUACUUGGGGCGCGAGGGGGAGAUCCGUCACCUCUUCCGGGGCUUUGCUUUUUUGCACUGCAAGAAGCUGGUGGAAAACGGAGGCAUGUUUGUCUGCAGGACGCGCCACUUGGUUCUGGCUGGAGGCUCAAAGCCCCGGGACGUAAUAAACUUCACCAUCGGCGAGUUCGCCCCGAUGAGCCCUCGGAUCAACAGCCCCAUGCACCCCAGUGGAGGAGGGCAACGUGGCGGCUUUGGAGGAGGCGGAAUGAGCCGGGGUCGUGGGCGCAGAGACAAUGACCUCAUUGGGCAGACCGUGCGGAUUUCACAAGGGCCCUACAAAGGCUACAUCGGCGUGGUCAAGGAUGCCACGGAGUCCACGGCCCGCGUGGAACUGCACUCCACCUGCCAGACGAUCUCUGUGGACCGGCAGCGUCUCACCACAGUCGGCUCCAAGAGGCCAGGUGGCAUGACCUCAGCUUACGGGCGCACCUCUAUGUACGGCUCUCAGACACCCAUGUACGGCUCAGGGUCCCAGACACCAAUGUAUGGCUCACAUACUCCGUUGCAUGAAGGCAACCGGACUCCUCACUACGGCUCUCGUACGCCCUUGCAUGACGGCAGCCGGACCCCCGCACAGAGCGGGGCUUGGGACCCCAAUAACCCCAACACCCCCUCCAGAGCCGAAGAAGAUUUCGACUACGGCUUUGACGACGAGCCCACCCCUUCUCCACAAGGCUAUGGGGGAACACCCAACCCACAGACUCCGGGCUAUCCUGAUCCAUCUUCCCCGCAGGUUAACCCGCCGUACAACCCUCAGACGCCCGGCACCCCUGCCAUGUACAACACAGACCAGUUUUCUCCCUACGCUGUCCCGUCCCCGCAGGGCUCCUACCAGCCCAGCCCAAGUCCUCAGAGUUUCCAUCAAGUGGCGCCCAGUCCCGUUGGCUACCAGAACACCCACUCGCCGGCCAGUUACCACCCAACACCGUCACCUAUGGCCUACCAGGCAAGCCCCAGCCCCAGCCCCGUGGGCUACAGCCCCAUGACCCCCGGGGCUCCCUCUCCAGGCGGCUACAAUCCUCACACCCCCGGCUCCGGCAUCGAGCAGAGCUCUAGCGACUGGGUCACCACCGACAUCCAGGUCAUCGUCCGAGACACAUACUUGGACAGCCAGGUCGUGGGGCAGACGGGAGUCAUCCGAAGCGUGACCGGUGGGAUGUGCUCUGUCUACCUGAAGGACAGCGAGAAGGUGGUCAGCAUCUCGAGCGAGCACCUGGAGCCGGUCACACCCACCAAGAACAAUAAGGUGAAGGUCAUCUUGGGAGAGGACCGGGAGGCCACGGGCGUCUUGCUGAGCAUCGACGGCGAGGACGGCAUCGUCCGGAUGGACCUCGACGACCAGCUCAAGAUCCUCAACCUCCGUUUCCUCGGCAAGCUGCUGGAGGCGUAGGGAGGGGACAGGGAAGGACUUGGUCCGUGCAUCUUGCGGGUUUUAUUUUUGUGAGCGCGUCGCCUCCAGACUUGACGCGACCUGCCCUUGUACGGAGGGGCCCCUGACCGCACUGUGUCCCUCCAAUCCCCGUUUAUUUCUCUCCCUUCCCCGUUACAGGAAAUUUGUGGGUUUUAGGGAACGGGAACAGCCUUUUCCCCCUUUUGCAUCACGAGUCCAGGGGCCUCCGCAAAAACGGGCAGAGAAUGUAGAGGGUUCGGAGGCCGUUGUUUCUUUCUUACAGUGCUUCGCGUCCUCCUGUGAGACGGAACCAACUAGCGUGUCGCUUGCUGCAAUAAAAAUCUUCUCAUGCA